GUGAGCUGUCUGAUUGGGUCUCAUCGAAGAGGAGUCACUUGAGGCUCCUGAGAGAGACAGCGAGAAAUUCCUCUCAUCAAGAUCAAGUGGAUGCUGCUGUUCAGGUGAGCACAGAUUACUUUAUGUUGCAGGGGAGCACAGCUUUUUUUUCCACACACUUUUUUUGUAUUCUUUUGUUAAUCCUUUCUUUUGUUUUCAGGCCCUGCAGAAAGCUGUGGACGCCCAUGAGGAAAACCUGUUAUGGCUCAAAACCCGCCUUAAUGUUCUGUCCGAGGUUAGCUCUGAAGUGGAGGUUCAGAGGCAAAGAACAGCUCUGGCCAAACUCUCAACUGACCUGCGUGCACUGUUUUCUACACUACAUCAGUGGGAUAAAGAGGGAACAGCUAUGUUCCAGUAUGAAGAGCUGAGGGAGGAGGUGCGUGGUGCACUGGAGGAGGUCCUGAAAUCACAGACAGAGGCUGAGGAGCAGACCAGCAGGAUCCUUGAAGCUGAGGAUCUGGAGGAGGCGAAGCAUCUUUACUAUAUUCACCAGCAACAUCUGAAGCGCCUACAAGCCCACAGAAGAGAAGCAGAGCUUCUGGUGUCCCACUGCCGGCAGCUGCAGAAAGGAGAGGCACUCAGUCAUUCUCUGGUAGAACUGGAGGGAGCCUUCACAGACGCUGACUGUAAAUCAGGGGCAAAAGAGCACAACCUGCAGGCCAGCAUAAACUCCGGGCAGCUUUUUGAAGGGGAGAGAGAAACAGUGAGGGGAUUUAUGAACAAUACCAGCAAUGAACUACACAAAGAACUUCUUUUUAACAACCUGGACAGACUGAAGACUGAGCUGGAGCGCCACAAGGAGAUCCUCACCAAGAUUGAGGAAUAUUGCAUCAGAGCUGAUCUUCUCCUGGAGAAGACAGCUGAUAUCCAGCUUGGUCCAAAGAACCAGACCUUUCUCCUGAAGCAGGCUCGAUCCACUAAAGAGGCAGUCACACAACUUCAGGACCAACUCAGCAAGAAUGUCGUUCAGCUGGAGAUGAUGUGUGUGUGGUCGGAGCGCUUCAACACAGAGUCAGAUACUCUUUCCUCCUGGAUCAAUGAGAAGGAGAAAGACCUCGAGGCCAUCGAUACCAUGUCCUCCAUGGAUCCUUUAGAUAAGAACAUCAUUAUCGUGGAGGAGGUAGAGAAGGGUUUAGAUGACCGAAGGUCAGCGUUGACCCUCAUGGAGGCAGACUGUGAAGCCUUGUCAAGGUUUCUGACCCCUGGAGAGGCAGGAUGUAUCCGAGCACGCCUCACCCAUAUGAGGCGUUACUGGGAAGAGCUGAAGGAGAGUGCCGAGCAAUUAAAAGGACAGCUCAACCAGAACGCGUCCUACAGGCAAAAAUACAACGAUAACCUUGAACAGAUUAAGAAAACCAUCAGUGACAUUAAAGAGAGGCUUGACAGUCCAGUCACCCAUUGUUCAUCAUCAACUGACACUUAUAGAAUCCUCCAGAAUCACAUGGACGUCUGCCAGACAUCUGAGCAGCUGAAGCCCAGACUGAUGACUCUGUGUUCGGUGGUGAAGAGGCUUGGUGAGGGCAGCCAGCUGGAAGAAGAAAUGUCCAACCUCCAGAAGCAACGGGUGCAGCUUCUGGAAAAGGCUGCAGAAAAACAGGCUUUAUUGGAAAGCCUUCUGUCUCUGUGGCAAAGGUAUGAAGAUGUUAAAAUAACUAAUACUUUAAUUUUGCUUCAUAGAAUUGGUAAAAUUCAGUUUCCCCCUUUAACUAUAAAUACUCCCUAUUGACUCUCUCUCU